AAUAUAAAUUAUAAGAAGAAGAGCUAGAGCACCCGUUUCCCAAAGAAGUGUCAUUAUUUUGUGUGCUGAUAACUUUUUGUUGUAACAUUUUCCUUUUUCCUUUUUUGUUUAACUUAAAAAAGAAAAAAGAAGGAAGUCCAACUUCUUCCGAGUGAAUUCAAUUUAACAACAAUUUUAUCAAUUACUAACGCUAUCAACAAAAGUGUGGUGAAAUAAUACAUAAUAUUAUUUUUAUUUUUGUUUAUUUCAAUAUUUUUGUUUGGUCACUUAAAAACACUAAGCUUGAGACAUUGAGACACCGAGAGAGAGCUACAGCGACAACGACAGCGACACAGAACCGAACCGAACCAAAAAUAUCCAACUAGAGAACUCUUCCAAAAAGUGUAUAUUAUUUCUUUUUGUUUUAAUUUUAUUUUAUUAUUAUUCUGAAUUGUCGCUCCUUUUUGCUGUUCUAUCCUGUCCUCGACUCGAGUCGUGCUAAGUUAGAUAAAGAAGAACAAAAAACGAGAAAGUUUCGGGCGAUAAUUACACGCAAUAAGUUAAGGUUCUAGCGAACAGAAACAAAACACACACCAAACCACACAAUAAAAGCAAUAAAAUGGACAUAAGCGAGAGUUAUGACCCCCAUCAGCAACAGCAACAGCAGAUACAAUCUCAAGAACAACAACAGCAGCAACAGCAUCCUCCUCAGUUGGUGUUUCCUUCGGUGCAGCCGUUCCCAAUGAAUGGAUUCAACGAUACCACAGCACCGAUGCAAGAGUUAGUAAGGAGGCCGGUUGGAGCGAUAGAAGCACCGCCACCAACUCCAGUAUCGACAGAGGUGGACAUUGAUUCGUGUUUGCUGCAGCAGUUCAGUUGCUUAGGCACAACGGAUCACGAGGAUCUUAUAAAUCAAUUCCAAACAUUAAUGAACAAUCAAAUGAACAAGGAGUCAGCAAGGUUCUUCCUCGAGAUGAGUAAUUGGAAUCUCCAAACGGCGAUCGGUUGCUUCCUGGACUUUUGCAACAUGCAAACGUUACCAUCCAUGAAGAUAAUAGCACAAUCACGUCCUUCGGAGUUAAAACAAGCAUGGAAGCUGCAAAACGAUGGCAACGAAGAUUGGCCAAAUGGAUGUUUUCUAAUGUCUCCAAAUCAAACACGAAAAAUUGAAGUUCCAGUGAUACGACCUGGUGACACAUGUGACAUAGUUGCUGACAUACCCCCAACGAAUCCUGCCAUUAUGUGGAGGCUAUGUACCCCAAAUGGUUGGUAUUUUGGAGAAACAAUAUGGAUGAUACCACCUGGCACCUGUGAUACCGCUGCUGAUUUAGCCGAUCGAAUGGCACAGCUACGAACAUCCAAUUCAAUGAGUCCUGAGAGUUUUCCCCAAGUCAAUGUUGUGAUAAUGGUUAAUAUGGAAUGAGCGUGCUGCGUGUCUUUAGGUUGUUAGGUUGGGCGCUAUGUGUCACUUGCAUAUUAUUAUAUUAAUUAUAUAAACAAAAUAUUGAAGAAAUAACUUGUAAAUCUAUUUUGGAAUUUCCCAUUUAAACAAAACAAAAUUCUAAUUCUAAUUAAUUCUGUUAUCAAAAUGAUGAAUAUCCAUUUGGUUAAUUUUAAAUUUAAAUUUAAAAGAAACAAAAACAAAACAAAUUGUUGAAAUAAAUAAGUAAAUAUUUCUUUUCCAUUUAAAAACAAAAACAAACAAAAAUAAAAUAUACAAUUUAUAUAUAUUCAUCCGUUAUAUUUGAUGUGCAAGUUCUUUAUUGCAUAAACAAUAUUUCAACACAAUAUUACACAUUAUACAUACACUACACAUAAAUACAUAAUAAUUGGUUUUAGAAUAUAAGUUUUUUUUUAGUUUAUUCUUUUAAACAAUUUUUAAACUGAACACAAUAACAAAACAAAAAUAUUAUAUCAAAAAAGUAGUGAUUUCGAUUUCAUUCGUUUUUAAUUGAAAUUUAAACAAAACCUGUAAAAAAUAUCGUAUUAUUUUUUUAAAUUUUCAUUUGUAAUUUUAUAUCGUUUUUAGAGUUUUCCUAUGUGUGUUGGUCGUUGUAUGACUUCAAAUUUUCUUUUUUUUGUAUUUUCAUUUGAACUUAAUUCAUAAUGUACUCUUUUUUUAGGUUUUUUUCUUUUUGUUCGUUUUAAAUUUGAAAUCAUGAAAAUGA